CCAGACGAGCAGCAGACGCUCGGCCGUCUUGUUGGACCUUGCAAAGGAGACCAGAGUGGGGCAUGUAACUCUCCUGGACCCCCUGGACCCACAAAGCCUGAAGAUCCCAGGCACCGUUCCUGUUCCUGGGAACCAAUCUAGGCUUGUGCUUCUCAAAGAGUGGAACUGAGGACCCCGCAAUAGAGUACAAAGUCCAGAGCCCACCCAGCUCUGUCUGGGUGUUGUGAGCCUUGGAGCAUGGCAAGUUCGGAGCAUCCCGGGAGCCCUGGCUGUACAGGACCCCUAAACCAACGCAUAAUAAGGACCAGGAAAGAAGCACUGCCCUCAGGCCCAGACCGUCCAUGUCCACAACUAGAAGAACACUUAGCCCUCUCCUAGAGGGCACUGCCUAUUGCAGAUUCCUUAAAGGCACUGUCCCUCCAGAAGCCCAAGACGGCCCCACCUCCAACUCCAGCAUGACCACGAGGGAGCUACAGGAACACUGGCAGAAGGAGAAGAGCCACUGGAAGCACGUCAGGCUGCUCUUUGAGAUCGCCUCAGCCCGCAUCGAGGAGAGGGGUGUCUCCAAGUUUGUGAUGUAUCAGGUCCUGGUGGUCCAGACCGGGAGCUUCGACAGCGACAAGGCGGUGGUGGAGCGGCGCUACUCGGACUUCGAGAGGCUGCAGAAGGCCCUGCUGAAGCGCUUCGGGCCGGAGCUGGAGGACGUGGCCUUCCCGCGGAAGCGCCUGACCGGGAACCUGUCGGCCGAAGCCAUCUGCGAGCGCCGCCUGGAGCUCCGCGAGUACCUGCGGCUGCUCUACGCCGUGCGCGCCGUGCGCCGCUCGCGCGAGUUCGUCGACUUCCUCACGCGGCCCGAGCUGCGCGAGGCCUUCGGCUGCCUGCGCGCCGGCCAGUACGCGCGCGCGCUCGAGCUGCUGGGCCGCGCGCUGCCGCUGCAGGAGAAGCUGACGGCGCACUGCCCGACGGCCGCCGUGCCCGCGCUCUGCGCCACGCUCGUGUGCCUGCGCGACCUGGAGCGGCCAGCCGAGGCCUUUGCGGUCGGCGAGCGCGCGCUGCAGCUCCUGCGGGCGCGCGAGAGCCACCGCUACUACGCGCCGCUGCUGGACGCCAUGGUGCACCUGGCCUACGCGCUGGGCAAGGACUUCGCGUCGCUGCAGGGCAGGCUGGACGACAGCCAGCUGCGGAGGCCCACGCACAGGGGCUUCACCCUGAAGGAGCUCGCGGUGCGAGAGUAUCUGUCCUGAACCGGCCUGGCAGGUGCCCUGGCAUCCAUCGCCGUACUAGCUACCUGUUGCUGGCCGGCUGCUUGGUGUCCAUCUUUCACGGGAGGAGCCGUCGCGGGUGGACUUUGCUGGGCGGCUUUAAAACUUUCAAAGCCCCCUUUUUACUGUGGUGUCCGCUGAGCA